AUGGAGAACUCAACAGAGACGGUGUCCUUCGUGUUGGCUCUGUAUGGAGACUUGGGACGGAUGAAGUACCUGUAUUUCACACUGGCUAUGCUUUUUUACAUAGCGGUGAUUGUGGCCAACUCUGUACUUAUUAUAAUAAUCUAUAUGGACCAAAAUCUGCAUGAGCCGAUGUAUCUGUUCCUGUGUAGUUUAUUCGUAAAUGAAAUAUACGGCAGCACGUCUUUGUUGCCCUGCUUUAUGGUACAUAUCUUGUCAGAGACUCAUGAAAUUUCUGCCAUCUUCUGCUUCAUUCAAAUAUUCAACAUUCACACAUAUGGAACUGUUGAAUUUGGAACACUGACGAUAAUGGCAUAUGACCGAUAUGUGUGUAUUUGUAAGCCAUUGCAUUACAAUGCCAUAUUAACUAAAAGAAAGGUACAAUUUGGCAUACUCGUUAUCUGGAUAGUUUGUUUCUUAGAGAUCGGAAUUUUGUUGUGUUUCACAAUUCGUUUAAAGUUUUGUGGGACUAUUAUCAACAAAGUGUUUUGUGCAAAUCACCUAGUAGUUGACCUUUCUUGUUCCUCUGACAGAACAGUGUCAAUUGUUCACGACCUGGUUUUUGGUCUUAUUUUCACCGUCGCUGCUCCUGUCACUUAUAUUUCAUACAGCUAUGCAAAGAUUUUGUCCGUUUGUUUGAAAGCGUCCAAAGAGACCAAGACGAAGGCUCUGGAAACCUGCACUCCACAUUUAGUUUCACUCAUUAGCUUCGUCUUUGCCUGUUUUUACAGCUUGAUCACUCAGAGAUUUGACAUAUUUUCUGUUCCAUAUCCUCUGUGUGUUGUGUUGUCUACGUAUGCAAUGGUCAUCCAGCCUCUUCAGAAUCCAAUCAUUUAUGGUCUUAAACUGUCCAAAAUUAGAAAUGCUUGUAAAAAUCUGUUGACAUUAAAAACGUUGCAACCCUACAUUUUUCGUGGAGCGUAUUUAAAUUCUACAGUUCAUUAUUAA